AUGAGGGUUCCUAUUGAACACCAGAUGAAAUACAUUGAAAAUGAUGAUUUGCAAUACGGCGAGGAUGCUGUCACCAGCGAUAUCACAGGAGAUGAUGUUCAUUCAUUUGUGAGCAGCUCUCUACAGAUGAAGACUGAUCAUUACACGACUUUAAAAUUGAAAAGUUCAACAUUAUCAUGCGAUAAACUCGACAGAAGAGAUUUUAAUUUGUCAUCCAUCAAAGAAGAACAAGAUGUUACGUCGAGCGUUCAGACAAAUUUUUUGUUCGUAACCGAUUCCACUGCAGUUUCAACACUCGCCAGACUUCCGAUCAGAGUCCCUAUUGAACAUCAGUUGAAAUACACAGAGGAUGAUGAUUUGCUAUACGAAGAAGUAAAUGUGCCAAACGAUAUUUCAAAAGAGAAUGUUGAUCAGUCAACACUCGUUAUUUCAAAAGAAACAACUCCUGGACUUAAUAUUUUAAGAUUAGAAAAUUCAAUAAUAUUUUAUGAAAGGUGUGACAAAAAAGAAUUGAAUUCUCUAAAGAAGAAAAUUGAACCGCCGAGAAGGGUUUCUAAAGAAGAAGCAGAACUAAUGAGCAAGCUGUAUUACGAAAGUGAGGAUGACUGCAGUUCUCAAGAAGACAUCAUAAAUAACUCAAACUAUGUUGAAAAACUAAUAGACAGUUCAUGUUCAACGAUUGAUCCAACAUUUGAAACUUCCACUUUUUUACCCACAACAGCAUUUGUUCAUGACGACUCUGCAAGUUGCUUCAGCAAUUUGAAUGACGGAAACUUUAUUUCUGUAUCAAAUUAUUCAUCAAUCAAUAAAUCCCUAAUAGAAUCUUUUGUAGAUGUUUCAGCCAAUUACCUGCUUGCACAUCAAGACAAUGAGACAAAAACCUUUCAGCAGCAGCUAUGUAUUGAAGAUGCGUUUAUAUCGUCCCCUACCAUUGAUUCUCUGUUUGGGAAAAACACUGAUUUACCAAAGUUGAGAUCAUCUUACGGUUUAUUUCAACAGGUCGAUGAUCCAUUAAUUACAAAGGAUUUCAUGAAAUCUGAUUUGUUCGAUGUCUGCUCUUUGAAGGAAGGUUCAAAAGUACAACCGCCACAUUCAUUGCGUUCAUCACAUACUCUAAGUACUGUAGACAAUAACAAUCUCCUAAAAAGUGAAACACGCCAGCAAAGGCUUCCAUUUAAUGUUUCGCCACCAUCAUCUGCACGCUAUAAGGAUAAAGAGAAUAUUGAAAUUAAUGCUAAAGCUGAAUGCAAGGCAUCUGAUGAGCAUCACUCAGCUAAAAAAGAAAAUGGCUUGUGGAUUGGGAAAAGAUAUUUCACGAAACAUCAUGUUAUUGGCAAUGGAGGUUUUAGCGUGGUUUAUAAAGCGUCCAGCGACGAUAUAAAGGAUUGUGCCAUAAAAUGUAUUAGCCUGGAUGCUGGUGAUGAUAGCACUAUUUCAAAUUACAUGACGGAGAUCUAUAUAAUGAAGCAACUUAAAGGAGAACAAGGGAUCAUUCAACUUUUUGAUUAUUUUUUAGAUGAAAGAGAAAGCAAAUUGUACUUGGUCAUGGAAAGGGGAGAUACGGAUUUAAAAUCUUUCUACAAUUCUUACCUGUCGUUGCAUCCACACAAGAAAGAAUCACUCAUUAAAUUUUGUUGGAAAGGCAUGCUUACUUCUGUUCAGAUUCUGCAUAAAAACAAAAUAAUCCACCUGGACUUGAAACCUGCAAAUUUCAUAUUGGUAAAUGAUCAAUUAAAAGUUAUUGACUUUGGCAUAUCUAAACGAGUUAAUCCGGACAAUACGAGUGUCACCUGCAAUGAUAUUGCGGGCACUUGCAACUUCAUGAGUCCAGAAUCUCUCUGUAAUAUUGACUACAACAGUACAAAAGUAAAAAUCGGCGUGAAGUCUGACGUCUGGAGUCUUGGCUGCAUACUUUAUUACCUAGUAUAUGGAGCUCCUCCAUUUCAUAAAAUAACUAAUAAUCUAAUGAAAGCAUUGGCAAUCAUGAACGGAACUUACGACAUUCAGUAUCCUGAAAACGAUCUAGGCUCGUUAUUAGCUCCUACAAUUAAGAAAUGCCUGGCGAGGGAGUCAAAGCUCCGCCCAUCAAUUGAGGAUCUGCUCAGUGAUCCAUUUCUUCAUCAAUAA